AUGAUUGGAAAUGAGGAUACCUACAACUUGUCGGCAAAAGCAGCUGAGUCGCACGGUCUUCUUAGAUUCGUCCUCUGGCUGCUGCACAAGUACGCCGAUGAAUUCGCCAAGCAGCCGGAUGAGCUGGCUCGCAAGUUCGCACUCUUGACGGCUUGUGCAGAAGCUGCCCAUGCCAUGGACGAGCUGCUGGAGUUGGAAUUCCGACAGUUCACUCGACAACAUUGCCAGGCCCUGCUGCAGCUGUACCUACGCUUUUCAACGCUUUACUUGAAAGCGGGCGGUGUAUGGAGGCCGAAAUGUCAUCUUCUUGUGCACAUGAUUCAGCGGGCUCUUCACCGAGGGAAUCCGCGAUUGUACUCCACCUAUCGUGACGAAAGCUUGAAUGGGGUCAUAGCCAAGAUUGCUCGUUCUGCUCAUCGCAGCACUUGGUCGAAUGUGAUUCACUGGAAAUGCAACUUUCUUCAGCAAAAGAAACUGGAAAAUCAUGCUGCAGAGGGCUAG